ACAUGGCGUCGCCGCAUACGGACGAUUCAUAUCAAACGCGACUCAUAGCAGUUUUGUCAAGACGUUCGAUCUGUACGGACCGGCCUACAUGAUACUUGUUUGCGUAAUAAUUAAUUGAAGUUCAUAUUCCACGAUAUACAUACGUAUACAUAUUUAUCAUUCAUAACACGUAUGCAUAUAGUUGUUAAUUAUCAUUAAUUGCUGCAGAUUUUUAUUCUUUUAUUAUUUCAACGCAUUGUAAUUGAAACGCACGAGUAAAAGUUUUCCUUCGUUGUGAUGAAUAUUUUCACGAACAAAAUAUUUUGCACAUUUAUUACGAUAAUAGUGGAGUUUUGUAUUUUUCAUGUGAAAAUCUAUAUGCAGAUUCGAGAUUAUUCUAAUUUUGUAUUUUUCUGAAAACCACGUGAUCGAACUCGCGCUGCGUCCCGAAUCAAAUGCAAGCCAUUUACAUUUGCUUGUUCCAUAUUUCUACGCAUUAAAAACCCGCUCGGAAUUUAAUACAUGCGUUAUUAUGUCGCAGGUUUUCCAUACCGCUCUCCGGCAUUCUUUUUUCCACGCAUCGCGCUGAAUGGAUUUAAAAAAGUAAAAAAAUAUCGAUAAGCUCGACUCACGCGUGGCUGGAUAAUUAUUCAAGGAAUGUACCGAUGGAAUUUCGUGAAAGGAAUUAUAAGGAGCGAAAGGAACCGUAUAUGGUUACAUUAAAUGUACCUGGCCAAGUUGUCGCGAGGAAUACACGGAGAAUUGGAGAAAAAAAAUCUUUGUUAUAAUAUCUAGAAUUUUUCAAAAUUCAUAGCAUGUAAUAAAAGUUGAGGAUAUCUCUGAAUUUUGGUUUUGGAGAAACUCAACACCUGGGUGAAGUUUUUCCAUCAUUCUGAAUUCGGAAGCAUUGGUAAGUAUCUAUAAAAUUUUGGUAAAUGUAUCAAGAAAAUUUCAGGAACAAAUUGGAUCCAGUUUUUUAUAUCCUCAAAGUUGUUCUAUUCGAAAACGUGAUACAGCCGAAAGUGGAGGGAAAAACGAGAAAAAGUCUUUGGCAAUCGGUUUCUCGUCUUGAAGGGUCCCUGGUCUUUUCCAAGUCUUUUCUAUUUAGUGCUUCCCUCUUGUGGCCAGUGUUAAAAAAACUGUGACGUCCCUAUCCUACAGAACGUAACCUGUAACAUUGUUAUUGUUGUUCAGUGUGUUUCCACUUUACAUUAUUGAAAAUAAUCUGAUAUAUGUCCACGUAAAUAAUGGAACAGUUACAAACAGCCCUAACUGCUAUAAAAGUUCUAAGAUCUAGUGUAGGUCAAGUGUUUGAUUCUCUUGGAAACGGGCUAAGAGCCGAUCAUGGAGACGAAAAUAAAGAGGCGAAAUAUUUGUUGGAGCUCCAGGAGCUCCUGACUUCUGUCAAUGGAAAUUUAAGGGAUGUGGAGCAGGCAGUUAAUACAUUGAACCCGCCGCCAGGUCCAUUCAAUCUUGCAAGUACAACUUACUUGAGCCAAGAAACUACUCAAGAUAGACAAGCUCUUUAUGGUACUCUGGUCAACAGUUACAAAUGGACAGACAAAGUUCAUGAAUAUAGUAGUGUAGCGCAGACUCUCCUGAGUCAGAAUUCUUUAAAACGAUCCUACACAAAUUCGAGUAGAGCCAAACGAGGCAGAACGCAAACCAGCAGUCACAAUGUUCCUCCUCAGCAGGUAGAUUCAGUAAUAGCGACGAUAGACCGACUCUUCAAUGACAUGACAGUUUCUGUAUCUCGUCCAUUUGCAUCUAAUGCUGUGCUGCAUGUUACACUCGGUCACGUUUUGAAAGCAGUAAUAGCAUUCAAGGGACUGAUGAUUGAAUGGGUGGUAGUUAAGGGAUAUGGUGAAACGAUGGAUUUGUGGACAGAAUCUAGACACAAGGUGUUCAGAAAAGUUACAGAGAACGCACAUGCAGCUAUGCUCCACUUUUACUCACCUGCGCUACCAGAACUCGCCGUUCGAUCAUUCAUGACGUGGUUCCAUAGCCUGAUCAACUUAUUUAGUGAACCUUGUAAACGAUGUGGAUUGCACCUACAUAGUGCACUACCACCUACAUGGAGGGAUUUUCGUACUUUGGACCCAUAUCAUCAAGAGUGCAAGCCCUAGAGAUGAGUGUAAAAAAAUCGAAGAUAAUCGAACGAUCUAUUACCAUGAAUCUGUCCAAUUUUAUUGACUUUCCUAGAAUUUCGUAAGGAGAGAUGAAUGAAAACCAAAUUAUAUUGAAUGUUUUUUAUUCUGUGAAUAAAUAAAAUAACGAAUAAAAUGAUAUGCAACAAA